CAGAGGGAAAAAAGAUAGUGGUGACAACGCUGUAUUAGUUUGAGGUUAUAUGUCUAUAAAAGGAGAAAGUGAAGAGGAUCAAGAAAAUGAAUAAACCAAAGACAAGAACUCAAAUGGCAAGUACAAGAUUGCUGCUGUUGCUUUUAACUCUCUUCCUCUCUUCUCAAACCGACUCUGCUGCUUCAGUUGAUUCAUUGGACAAGAAAGGAGAAGAUGAUGGCAUGGACUUGUAUAAUAACUCUGGUAACAAUGGCAUAGCACGCCGCAUCACUAUUGCUGGUGGAAGGGCGAGUGGUGGUGGCAGAUCAGGUAGUAGAGCUCGGAGUGGGGGAUCAGGUGGUAGUGGAGCUGGGAGUGAAGGUGGAGGCGGUGGGUCUUCAUCAACACGUACACCGGGAGGUGCAGCUGUAAUUCCUGUGUAUGGUGCAGCUAGUGCAGCUGGAGCUGCCAAUAACAAUAAAGGCCACCACAGUUCAGGAAACAAGCUUCGAUGCAGCAUAGGGGUAAUUACUGCCUUGACUGCCACCAUCUUGCUAUCUCCUUUUAAAGUGUAUAUAGUCUGAGUUCAGAACUUCAUCAGGUAGCUUGUAUAGGUAGUAUGUUCAUGUCUAUGUAACCACUCUGAAUCGUAGCAAUAUUGUCUAGUGUUCUAAGUAUUACAUUAAACCAAUUCCCUUUUGUCAACUGCAAUGGCAUUUCUAUUGUAAGAUCUAUACUUCUAUCA